AUGCAAAGAUCCCUCCCAGGAGAAGUGGCGUUACCUUUGGAACUCCAAGUGUUUUUUUCAGUGGUGACGAGCAGUUCCUCAUCUUUUUCUUCUUCCUCUUCUUUUUGCCCGGCAACUUCUACAACUUCUGUGGAACGACAAGUGGUGCAGGACAAAGAACACCUCGAAUUUCUGCAGCUUUGGGCUCGCGCCCUGCGGGAGGACGAGACCGAUGCGCCAACACAUUUCUCGCCAGAAGUACUGGUGAAAAAAGUGAGUCGGCUGGCGUUCUUGAUGAAGCGAAACUUUGCCAUCGACUGGGACGAGUUGGAGC